UGCUUUGCCGCGCUGAAAGGUACGUUGGCCGAAUGAUGGCACGACUGUUAGCUGUCACCCGUAUAUAUGUCUUUCUGCUUUCCAGCCAGGAGUAACUCAUGCCAUUACGGUAGCCAUACAGUACAGCUGUGAGGCUGACAUACAGUACAGCUGGAGGCCGGGCAGGGACCGUUCUUUACAGUACCACUGAGUGGAGAACUAAGACCGUGUCCACGUUGCGCAGGGCAGCGCUACCAUGAGUUCGCGGCCUUCAAAGUUGCCGGCGUCACGGAACUCGCCGAUGCCGCCGGGCUCGGCGUCGUCAGAGUCGCCGACGUCACUUCAUAACUCGCUGGUGCCACCGUGGAAAAUGUCGCUGACGUCGCAGAAUUCGGAUGUGCCACCGGGUUCGGUGUCGUCACUGCUGCCGACGUCACGGAACUUGAAGGUGCGGCAGAACUCGCAUGUGACUACGUCCUCGACGUCGACACCGUCGCCGAUGACGAGCGCGGCACCGGCGCCGCCAACCUCGGUGCGGUCAACGCUGUACAUGCCAUGGGACACGCCCGCGUCCCAGGCUUCGGCGUCGUUACUCUUGGGGUCCUCUCGAAGGUCGCCGAUGACGCCGAGGUCGCCCAAGCUGAGCAGCAGGCAGAGCAGCGUCCACUCGAUGAGGGCGCCCGUGCACACCCACACCGAAUCCGAGCGUUCGCUGGACGCCAGGGCCAAGCCCCAACUUCGCGCCAUCAAGUCAACGGUAAAGAAGCUGCUCAAUGCCGCGUCGAGGAAACAGUACUCUGGACUGGACUUCAAGAAGCAGGCGCACACGGAGCACAGGUGCAUCGUGCAUCCACGCUCCAGGUUCAGGAAGUGGUGGGACGGCUUCAUCGUGCUGUUGCUCCUCAUGAACCUGGUACUGGUCCCUAUGCAGCUAGCUUUCUUCCCGACGACGGGAAUCGUGUGGGCGUUUUACUCUCUCUACUCCGACUUCAUGCUCCUCGCAGACAUGCUGCUCAACUUCAGGACUGGCAUUGACGAUCGCAAGCAGGGCAUCGUUAUCAUGGACCCAGCUGAAAUCAAGCAGCACUACCUAAAAGGAUGGUUCCCCGUGGACUUGUUGAGCAGCCUUCCACUGGACUUCAUCGUCUGGGCAUGGCCGACAAGGGACCACAGAAACUUCGGUCUCCGCUCCAGGUUAUCGCAACUCGCCAAGCUCCUCAGCUUCGUCAAGCUUACCAAGAUCAGCCGUCUCUUCCGAUACGGAGGGCGCACCGAGCAGAUAAUGUUCUACCAGACGACGGGCGUGUAUCUGCAGCUGGGCAACAUCCUGGCGCUCAUCUUUCUGGCUGUGCACUGGCACGCCUGUCUUCAGUUCUUCGUCGGCAACCUGAUGGGUUUCCCGCCGCAGUCGUGGAUAUCCAUCGCCAAACUGCAAGACAAACACUGGUGGGAGCAGUACUCGUGGGCUGUGCACAACACGGUGUCCCUCAUGAUGACCAACAACUACGGCCUGGCACAGAAGACCGGCCUGCUCGUCGAGGAAUGGAUCCAGGUGAUGGGCAUGUUCUUUGGCGCCCUCUGGCAGGCGUUACUUCUGGGCUACGGGGCCAACUUGCUCGCCCACAAGGACUUCACCAAGAACGUCCGGCGGGAGAGGAUGCAAGAGGUCGAGGAGUUCAUGAGCUACUACGACUUGCCCGAGUGGCUGCGAGCGCGCAUCAGGUCGCACCUGAACGCCCAGCAGAUGUCCCUGCACGACAAGGACAUCCUCUCCUCGCUGUCGGGCACGCUGCGGGAGGAAGUGCUGCGGCACAACUACUCGGCGACGCUGACGCGGGUGCCGUUCUUCGCGCAAGCGGAGCCGGACUUCACGAACGCGAUCGCGGAGCGACUCAACGCCGAGUACUACCAGCCGCGCGACGUGAUCGCCCGACGCGGCACCAUGGGUACGAAGGUGUACUUCGUGCGGUCUGGUGUCGCCAACGCCCUCAGCGAGGAGGGAAAGCUGCUCGACACCUACACCACGGGAGGCUACUUCGGCCAAUCGUCCCUGAUGGGCGCCAAGGUUCGCCAGGACAACGUCGUCGCCGCGGAUCACUGCAACGUUCUCACGCUGCUGGCGACCGACUUCCACGAGGUGAUGGGACGCUUCCCGUCGGUGCGGGGCAUCUUCCAGACGCUGCUGUUCGAGAUGAACUCGCAAGAGCACGCGGAGCGGCGUCGGCGUCAGUUGCUGCGCAGGCCAUCGUCGGUGCUCAUCCUACCUGAACUGCGUCGCAUGGGCGCCAUCACGCCUUCUACGGAAACCGACGAAAGCACUCGCUCCGCGCACAGCAUCAUUGACGUGGACGCAAAGACCAAGUCACCCAUGUCCCCGGGCAGCGGCUGUACCGCUGUCCCGAAUACCAGCCGCACGCCGAGCAUGGGCCUGCGGUCGCCUCCAUUGGAGGAGACCGACGACAGUCCGUCGGCCGUCGACUCGGGGCGCGAGAACCUCGACCCGGGAGGCGGGGGUCGGCGCGACGGCAGCGACGCCGGUGGCAGGGGUUCGCAAUGCAAGCAGUCCUGAUGACGUUCGCAGGAGACUCGCGAAACGGACGCGAUGGCAACGAAUGUGGCGGCCUUCGUUCGCAUGCGCUAAGAGUUUUGUGGUGCAGCCUCGUAUUAAAAUACCGGAUCGCUUCGACCGUUUGCACACCACCGAUGCCGGAAGGCACUGUAAUGCCUCAAUUCCAUGUAACCGUUGUUGCGGUGGACGGCGUUGGUGGUGAUGGGGAGGGUGACUUUAAGG